UUUUCGCGUUACCAAACACAUUGCCAACACACUGAACCGCAAAAGAAUUAUUGUUAAUUUUUUAAAUGUAAUUUAUUAAUUAACGUACUCGAUGACUACUUACACUAAAUGCCGUGUUUGUAUUUGUGCUCUUGAUGCAACUGUCGGCAGCUACGAUAUGCAUAAAUUGCCCCUGCUGGCGCACAAGUUCGUUACCUGCACCGAUCUGUCUGUGGAAGUGGAUGAGCGAGUGCCAAGCGAGCUGUGCCAAGCGUGCUUUAAUCAGCUGGAACUCCUCUAUGCAUUCCGUGCCAAGUGCAUAGCAGCUGACACGAAAUGGCGAAUGCAAAUUUUGGCAUUCUGUGAUGAUGAAGAGCCCAUAUAUGACUUGGAGGCGGCACCCACACAAGUUGAAGUUCAGGAACUGCACCUGGAGCUGACGAAUGAGAAGCAAAACAGAAAACAACUCAGAAGUCAGACAAAAUGCGUGCAGCAGCUAACGAAUGCUGCAGAAACGAAUGCGGAGCAUUGUCAUACGGAUGAACAGCUUGGGCAGCUCGAGGACAAAGUGGAUGACGAUACAAGUACCUCUCCACAGCUAACUAAAGAUGUCUUCAAAUGCAACAUCUGCGCCGCACAAUUCCUAAAUGAGAAGCGGCUGCAGUCGCAUAGUCGGCGACAUGGACAGAUGCCUUAUCCCUGCACCGAACCAGGCUGUGGUCGUGGCUAUAGCCACAAGCAUACGUUAUCCGUUCACAUGCGAAAGUGCCAUAAGCUUGGGAAGGAGCACAAGUCUCAUGUGUGCGAGUUCUGUGGCAAGGUCUUUGAUACCAUGGCGCUGCUCAAAAAUCAUCGCUUCACCCACAAGGACAAGUUGCAGCAGCCUUUCGCUUGCGAAGAGCCGAGCUGUGAGCGGCGUUUCGCCACCAAGCAGCUGCUAAAGAUACACAUGAUGCGCCAUGCAGGAAUCAAGAACUACACCUGCUCUUUCUGUGGCGUACAGAAGACGACGCGCACAGAACUCAAGAUCCAUCUGAAUUAUCACACGCUGGAGCGCACGUACUGCUGCCGGCUCUGCUCGAAGGUGUGCUACAGCUCCAGCAAUCUAAAUAAGCAUAUGCGCACCAUACACGAACGUGCGCGCAAUUAUGCCUGCCGCUAUUGUGAGCGAGCAUUCAUACAGCCGGAGACGCGCAAUCAGCAUGAGCUUAUACAUACGGGCGAGAAGCCGCAUGGAUGCGAAGAAUGUGGCAGACACUUUAGACAAAAGGCAGCUCUGCGAGCUCACCUUAAAAUACAUACGCGACAGCCCAAGAAGUCAGAUGCACCAAUAGAAACAGAAACAUUUGUAGAGAUUGAAGACGCUGGCGUUGUGCUGCAAAGUGAAGACUUGGGGUACGAUUGAAGACGGGUAAACAAAUGAUCAGAUUUCUCCUGGGUCAUAGUCGUUUAAUGGGAGAGAGUGAAACUGAAGAGACAAAAGGCAGCGAGCCAGAGCACUAAGAAAUAUCUUACCUUACAAAGACAGGGACAGCGAGAGAGAGAGUUUAGUAGAGACUUGUGAAAUAAAACACUGCUGCGUAUUUUGGGAUUCAGAAUGUAAAUAGCAAUAGUUUUUAAUUAUAUUUAUAUAUUUUUUCAACUAAAACAAAAAUGUACAAAAAUUAAA